AUGGCCGGAGACCAGCCGGUACGGUCCGAGAUGAGGCAGACACUGUAUUGCCCGUUGCAGGCGCACACGAACGCGGACAGCAUAAACCCACCACAGUUAAAACAUAAUCCUAUUAAAACUGUCCAAGAUAUUAGCGAUAUAAAAACAUACAACAGCCGGGAUUCGCUGGUGGUUGUGACGGGUGCACAUGGUCUGUUUGCGUUGCUUGAAAGCUGGAAGGAUGUCGAACGGGAGCCAUCGACGCCUUCCCAGGACGGACUCCCUAGCGACAACCCCCAGGCAAAGCCUGAUCCGACUCAGAUUCGUGCUAAUUAG